UUCCUUUUGUCAAACAAAAUAAAUAUUUAAAAGUCUAAAAUAGUUUUAUAUAUAUAUAUAAGAAAAAUGUAUGGCAUCAGUAUUUUAUGGAGUUCAGUUUUCAUCAUUUCCUUCUUUUAUCGCGCUUCAAUUCAGAUGAACAUAGGCACCGUUCUUUUCGUGGAUGAAGAUAUUAAAAGGAAAUGUUGGUCUCCUGCUAGUACAAGACUUUUAUUAACGAGAAUGAUAGUCGAAGAUCUAUUGCCCUGUCCUUCAAUUUUAAACAUGAUAGACGACGAGAUCGUCUGCAACUUAUUGGACUAUGUGAAGCUGGUAUAUCAUACCAUCAACAAAGAGACUUGUGGAAACAAAAGACACACUAUACUUCUGGCUUUCAGUGACGCUCUAGGAGGUUAUAUGCGGCAUGUUGUUCUUCCGAACGUCAAAUAUUCUUUUUAUGCUGGUACGCUGGACUAUACAAGCGUGGAAAAGAUGCAAGAGCUUUAUAAAGAAACCAAAAAUCUACUGAAAACUAAUGGUCACGGAUGGGCUGAACCUGUGUGCGAUUCGUAUCUUCGAUAUUUCAGGUUGCAAGUGCGAACCCCACAGUUUCAGCAUAACUUGCCCUAAGGACUGCAAAGCCUGCGAAGCCUUGACACUGUACUAUGGCCCUCGCUUUGAAAAUUUUGACAGAACCAUCCCCUCGCCUUUUCCAGAUGUGGCGGUGCCUAUCCCUUACUUCGACAGAUUGAUCAAACCCACCGUGUUGGCGGUACCGCUCAAGAGCUAUCCUUUAAGGGGCAUGCAGGCCCCUUGGGGCCUCAAUCUGGUGGUUAAGUACUACCUCACCGGUUACAAAUGUCUCGCCAAACGAAGGAAUACCAGAGCCAUGAAGAUGUUCCAAAAUGGAGUCUACUCCUGGAUGAUUGAGGAGGUCAUACCACUUCUUGGCGACGAGGAGAUCUACACAGUGUUCGGAGGAGUCUUAAGGGUUUUGGCAACAUUGAAACGGCUCGGGGCUAAACGCAUAGAUCUGCACGCUCUCCGCAAACGCUAUUCACACAUGGCAGAUGCUUACGUCAGGAGGACUUCGAUUUGGACCUUUACGAAGCAUAAGAAGAUCGCUAUGGCAAUUUUGAUUUUCCUAUUCAUCUGGUUUAUGGUUGGUUGUUGCUUUAUAUGCUGCAAAUUAAGAGAUCGGGGCAAGAAGUGCAGUUCCGACGAUGGAGGUUCGAGAAAGGCAUGCAAAUGUGAAGGAACUCUAAAAGGCGCAGUAAAAUCAAUAACUUGUGGUGUUAAAAAGACGCUUUCUACCCUGACUGGCUGUAGAAGUAGAAGUGGAAGCAGAAGUGGCAGUAGAAGUGCUUCCCCAGGCAAUAAAAAGGACUGUAUGUGCUUCGCCGUUAAAGAAGAAGUAUACAAUGUUGAAGAAACCGAAGAGGAAUCAUUUCUGGAAGAUGAUAGUAGUGGCCUAAGGAAAAUGAAUUUCGAGGAAGGGGGUUCCAGUUCUUUACAGAGACCUAUGUGUGCACCGUCAUACUCUUUUGGAUACGAUUUCCAGACUUCAACUUCUGAGAGCGUAACAGAUUCAGAGGGAGAAUUAGAAAUGAAUAGUCAGACUCCGCAGUCCAGGUCAAGAUAAAUACAAAAUCCCUUUACUUAUGUUUAUGAGAUAUAUGAAUAUUUUAUGGAAAUAAAUUCUUUCAAAUUC